UCGCAUGUUCCUGGAAAGAGAGAAAGAAAGAGAAGAAGAAGAUAGAACUUCGAACAAAAUGUUAGAACUGUUUUCGAAACAGUUCGAGGCUGAGGUUCAGUCGAAAGUGUCAAAAAGUUGAUCCGAGGCAACAGAAAAGAACCAAAAGAAAAUCAAAAAUUGGAUGUAAAAAAGUUUCAAUCUACCAAAUGACGAAUGUAAUUAACAAACAAUUUACUUUAAAAAAAUUAUUAUCAGUUAAUCAUCUUCACCAUCAACCCUUUAAAUAACAAUCAACAAUUAGCCAGAAAACUUUUUCCUCUCCUUUUUCUUAAUUGUUAAUUAUGUUUCCAUUGGAAAAUUAUCACUUGUCAACAUUAAUGUUUUUAUUACUCUUGAUAUCGUUGUUAUUAAGUGAAUUAAUUGUAACAAUUGAUUGUAUCAAAUUAGUUAAAGUUAAAGUUCCCGAUCAAGUGACCAAAGGUUCGGACGUUGAACUAAAGUGUAUCUAUGACCUGGAAGGGAAUCCGUUAUAUGCACUCCAAUGGUUUUUCGAAAAGGGGGAAUUUUACCGAUAUGCACCCAAUUCGAAUCCAAAUGUAAUAACUUUCAAUGUUACCGGAGAAAAAGUCAAUAAAAAAAAAUCCCACCAAGGGAACAUCGUCCUGAGUAAUGUUGGAGUAAAUUCAACGGGUCGUUAUAAGUGUGAAAUAACAGCCGCGAUCACUUACCAGACCGAUCGAGCCGAACAUUUUAUGCGAGUAAGUGCCAAUUCUGCAAGCUCCCUAUGGGCUUUACCUCUAUCAUCUUCACCAUUUUCAUCUUCAUCUUGGCUUACCAUUGGCUCGUUUCUGUUGAUGCUCAUGAAAUUUUUCCCACUGCCACCAUCGCCUUGACAUCACAAUUACUGUAACAUAGGUAUCAUCAAUAUCAUUGUAAUACAAACUCACAUUCACUUUGCCUCUCUCUCUCUCUCAUAUAUCUAACCCAGAAAUGGGAGCGGAAGUUAAAUGAAAAUAAAAGAAAAAGUAAACAAUCAUGAGCGUAAUUAACUUA